CUGUCCUUGGUAGCAGGCAGUCCCUGGGCGACACAGCAUCACCAUGUCUACUCGACGCAGCUCCAGCAAGCAGUACUCUUCCUCCCGCAGUGGAGGAGGAGGAGGAGGGGGAGGAGGAGGAGUGUCGUCCUUAAGAAUUUCGAGCAGCAAAUGCUCCAUCGGCGGCGGAGGACUUAGCUCAGGGGGCUUCAGUGGUGGCUCUUUCAGCCGUGGGAGCUCUGGUGGAGGCUGCUUUGGGGGCUCCUCCGGUGGCUACGGAGGAGGAUUAGGAGGUUUCGGUGGAGGGAGCUUUGGUGGAGGCUAUGGAAGCAGCAGCUUCAGUAGCUGCGGAGGAGGCAGCUUCGGAGGGGGCUAUGGCAGCAGUAGCUUCGUUGGCGGCGGCUUCGGUGGCGGUGGCUUCGGUGGCGGCAGCUUCGGUGGCGGCGGCGGCUUCGGUGGCGGCGGCUUUGGUGGGUUCGGAGAUGGUGGCCUUCUCAACGGAAAUGAAAAAGUCACCAUGCAGAAUCUGAAUGACCGCCUGGCUUCCUACUUGGACAAAGUUCGGGCUCUGGAAGACUCCAACUAUGAGCUAGAAGUCAAGAUCAAGGAGUGGUACGACAAGCAUGGCAACGUAGGCCGGCGGGAGCCUCGUGAUUACAGCAAAUACUACAAAAUCAUUGAAGAUCUUAAAAAUCAGAUCAUCAAUCUAACAGUUGAUAACGCCAAUAUCCUGAUUCAAGUCGACAAUGCCAGACUGGCAGCUGAUGACUUCAGGAUGAAGUAUGAGAAUGAGGUAACCCUGCGCCAGAGCGUGGAGGCCGACAUCAACGGCCUGCGCAGGGUGCUGGACGAGCUGACCCUGACCAAGACCGACCUGGAGAUGCAGAUUGAAAGCCUGAAUGAGGAGCUGGCCUACCUGAAGAAGAACCACGAGGAGGAAAUGAAAGACCUUCAAAAUGUGUCCACUGGUGAUGUGAAUGUGGAAAUGAAUGCUGCCCCUGGUGUUGAUCUCACUGAACUACUGAAUAACAUGAGAAGCCAGUAUGAACAACUUGCUGAACAAAACCGCAGAGACGCUGAAGCCUGGUUCAAUGAAAAGAGCAAGGAACUGACUACAGAAAUCAACAGCAACAUUGAACAGGUGUCCAGCUAUAAAUCUGAGAUUACUGAGUUGAGACGCACUAUCCAAGGUCUGGAGAUCGAGCUACAGUCCCAACUAGCCCUGAAACAAUCCCUGGAAGCCUCCUUGGCAGAGACAGAAGGUCGCUACUGUGUGCAGCUCGCUCAGAUUCAGUCCCAGAUCACCGCGCUGGAAGAACAACUGCAGCAGAUUCGAGCCGAAACCGAGUGCCAGAAUGCCGAAUACCAGCAACUCCUGGAUAUUAAGAUCCGACUGGAGAAUGAAAUUCAAACCUACCGCAGCCUGCUAGAAGGAGAGGGAAGUUCCGGCGGCUUCCCCUACGGCGGCGGGCGAGGCGGCGGAAGUUCCGGCGGUGGCGGCGGCAGCUACGGCGGAGGAAGUUCCGGCGGCGGCGGCGGCAGCUACGGCGGAGGAAGUUCCGGCGGCGGCGGCGGCAGCUACGGCGGAGGAAGUUCCGGCGGCGGCGGCGGCAGCUACGGCGGAGGAAGUUCCGGCGGCGGCGGCGGCUACGGCGGCGGAAGUUCCAGCGGCGGUCACGGCGGCAGUUCCGGCGGCGGCGGCGGCGGCUCCAGCGGAGGCCUCAAGUCCUCAUCCUCAGUGUCCAUUGGAGAGCAAUCAUCUAAGGGACCAAGGUCAGCAGAAACUAACUGGGAUACUAACAAAACCAGAGUAAUCAAGACAAUUAUUGAGGAGGUGGCGCCUGAUGGUAGAGUCCUUUCGUCUAUGGUUGAAUCAGAAACCAAGAAACACUACUACUAAACCGCAUCAAGAGGAAAGAGUCUCCCCUCACACAGGCCAUUAUGCACUGAUGCAUGAAAAAAAUCAAGAAAACACUUCAGUCUUAAUGGUCUAUGGAAAUAGGGUCUCUCCUUGAAAAUAAGGUGUCUAAACGGUGUUUCGUGGUUUCUGUAUUUCUUCUUUUCACUUUACCAGAAAGUGUUCUUUAAUGGAAAAAAAAAAAAAAAAACCUUUCUAUUCUCAUUUACUAAUGAAUUUCAAUAAACUUUCUCACUGAUGCAAACUA